AUGCUGAUGGAAUCGCCCAACGUGAGCCUGCAGGCCGGCGGGUGGAGCCACGGCGACAGGACGGCCCCGUCGAGCUCCGUGGGCAGCAUCAACAUGAUGGGAUCCGAAGACUCGAGCAGCUCUUCAGACGACAUGGAUCCGCUAGACCCGGACGACCACGACGACCCCAUGAUUACGACCCCGCAAGCCAAAACCAAUGUCCUGUUCCCGGGCCUCGGCACAGGCAACAACGGCAUCUGGGCAAAUCUCUUCUCGCCAGGCGCACAGCCAAGCUUUGCAAGCAUGCACCGCGCGAGACUGCGCAAGGGGCGCAGCCGCAAGAGUUCGAGCUCCGCCAGCGGACACAGCUCCAUGGCGAGUCCUGGCCCAGCAUCGCCGCCCAACGGCAAAGACACGGGAUACUUUGCCCGCGAGGCCGCCAUGCGCAAGGCAGGCUCGCGGCGGGAGAGCCUGUCCAUCUUUGCCAACGACCUGCACAUUUCGUCUGGCAACGACAGCGGCGACGAAGCUGCCAAUCUACCCCAGACGCCCGGUGUGGUGAGACGGGCUGUCACUCGCAGAGGCAACUUGCUUCCCAAAUCGAGACAAUUUGGCCGUAUCAAGGCUGAACUGUUUGAAGAGGCCGCUCCUGUGGACAGCGAGUUUCGUCGUGAAGCCGAAAUCAUUCGGCAAGUAAGAGAGAGCGACGUGGACCAGGAAAGGACCUCGGUCACAGCACAGUCGUCCCCUAGCCUUCUCCCCGCUGUGCCUGGGCUAGACGGCCCCCUCGAAGGGGUGCCUGAAGAAGGCGACGAAAGCAGCAUGAGCCUGGACAAUGCAACCACCAAGGGGCUGUUUGGCGUAUUUGGCAGUCUGCACAGUACUGGGCGCAGCUCGACCAGCAAUGGCUUCUGGAACCAACGUGCAGCACACACGCCUCCGCCACCAUCUUUCCCGCGAGGCGAGUCAUCAGCCAUGAGUGAAGACAUGAGCAUGGACUCGCCGUUGAUGGGUGCCAACGGCGGGGCGUCUCGGGCAUCCACUCCUGGCCCGAUGCAGCCCCCGACAGCAGCGGAAGCGCUCAAGAAGUCAAACAAACGCCGACGAGACGACGACUUUGACGAAGCCUCGAUCAAGCGGCGUGCAGUUUCACCAGGCGUUAGUGUUCAAAAUAGUCCAGUCAUCUCGCAGUCGCCUGCGCAACGAGAUGGAAGUUUGUGGGGCACCACCACCAAGUCCGGCAGGGAAACCUCCAUCAGUGGCCAUUCGCAUGGGGAGCGCUCAAAUAGCGGAGGCAGUAUGAGUAUGACGCCCACACUGGGCCCUAAGAGGAUAGGUCUCCAAGGUAUGACUGACACCAGUGAUGGCUUGAUGAAGAUGAGCAUCGAACCAACCGCAGACAUGUCACGAACAGAAGCCCUCUCCUCCUUCAUCGACAGCGCGCCGCCGGGUGAGCUCGCCGACGUCACCAAAGCAAUCAAGUCGAUCCUCGGCGACGACUCGGUCCAGAACGAGCUCUCUCCCGCGUUUCAAAAGUACAACGAGGAGCAAUUCACCACAACCAAGCUCCCAGGCGGCAGCACCGAGGUGCUCGUCAGCCAGUACAACUCGCUUGGCGACGGGCGGUACUACGACAUCGACACGCAGAGCUCGUUUGAUUUCGACCAUGCGACGGGCAAGGCGAGCGCAGUGCAAAGCCACGUGGUGGAAAGCUCCAACGACGAACUUCUGUACGUUGGGACCCCACGACGUCUUCCCCAGGCCGAACCCCUGCUAACACCCCCCACCAGCAAGAGCCUGAACAAGGCCCUGAGCGCGCACACGGCAGAACACUACCCCAAGUCGUCGCACGGCGUGUACCCGGUCCCGUCGUCGCCGUCAUCCUUCGCCAUCCUCACCGUCGCAAACAAGUACUCGCCCACAAACUACUGGAACGGGCGCUGGCGCAGCUCCUACAUCUACGACACGUCCGCGGGCACCAUCACGGGCAGCGUCAAGGUCGACGUGCACUACUACGAAGACGGAAACGUGCGCCUGCUUACCACCAAGGAGGUCAGUGUUGGCGCUGGCAGCGGGGCUACCGGGCCCGACGUGAUCAAGAAGAUUGCCGCCGAGGAAAAAAAGUACCAGGAGGAUCUCAACAAGGCGUUUGGCAGCCUCAGCGAGGGCGCCUUCAAGUCGCUCCGGAGACAGCUGCCUAUUACCAGGCAGAAGAUUGAGUGGGAGAAGAUUAGCGGAUACAGGUUGGGUCAGGAUAUUGGUGGUGGGAGGAGGUAG